UCCCCUCCCCGUCCCGUCCCGUUGCUACGCAGUGACGUCAGAGCAGGAGAAGAUGGCGACUGUGCUGAAGGCGGAAGCGGGGCAGUGCGGGCGGCCGAGCUGUGCGUGAGACUCUCCUGCGUUGACUUGUCGCCAUGAGCAACAAGAAGAUGGUUUCCACGGAGACAGAGAACCGAGGGCAGAUGAAGGUGUUUCUCCCCAACAAGCUGCUGGAGUGUCUCCCCCGCUCGUCCAGCCUGCCCAACGAGCGACUGCGCUGGAACACUAACGAGGAGAUUGUGUCCUAUCUGAUAUCAUUUGACAGACAUGACGAGUGGCUGUCCUGCACGCUGAAAACCAGGCCUCAGAAUGGCAGCAUCAUCCUGUACAACAGGAAGAAGGUGCACUACAGGAAGGAUGGAUACUGCUGGAAGAAACGGAAGGAUGGAAAGACGACGAGAGAGGACCACAUGAAGCUGAAGGUCCAGGGCAUGGAGUGCCUGUAUGGUUGCUACGUCCAUUCCUCCAUCGUGCCAACAUUCCACAGACGAUGCUACUGGCUUCUGCAGAACCCAGACAUCGUGCUGGUGCACUACCUGAACGUGCCGCCAGAGGAUUCUGGGAAAUGCGGUCCGUUGCUGUGUGCGGUGUCCAACCGCCAUGACAGUGUGAGGUGGAGCCGAGAGGAUCUGCUGAACCAGCUGAAGCCCAUGUUCCACAGUAUGAAGUGCUCGGUGGGCUCAGGUGAUUUCAGUAUAGAGGAGUUGGUUCAACACAUUCUGGACCGACAGAGAACCAAACCACAGCCGCGCACACACACCUGCCUGUGUAACACCGCCCUGGUGUCUUCAGGAGUGAACAUUCCCCAUCGCUGUAACAGCACCAAGCAUCGCAUCAUCUCCCCCAAACUCCCCCCGGCCUCCUCCAGACCCUCCGGCUCCCCGCUGCCCUGCGAGGGGGAGGCAGGGGGGGGAGGAGGAGGGGGAGGAGGAGGAGGAGGAGGAGGAGGAGGAGUAGGAGGAGAAGCUAAACUGCCCCUCCUGCAGGCCCAGAGCAGCCCGGCGUCCUCUCCCUCGCCCUCUUCCACAUCCUCUUCCUCCCCUCCCCAGACCCACCGGGCCGCCAUCGCCGUGGGCAACCAUGGCAACGGUUUCUACGGCGACCAGCGCGGCGGCAUGACCACGGUGACGCUGCCCCAGAACGCGGUGAUCGUCAUGGCGACCACCGCGGCGGUGGCGGGCAGGCAGGGCGGGGGAGGAGGGGGAGCGAGAGGGGGAGGGGGCGGGGCCGGGGCGGAGGAGGCGGGGCCGCGGAGGAGCCUGUCACUCACCCGCUGCUCCGGCCAGCUGCUCCUCUCCCCCGCGGCCCCGCCCGGCGGCAAACCCUCCCCCCCCUCACCUCCCUCCUCCUCCUCCUCCUCCUCACCCACCCCCCCCUCGCAGGCUCCGGGAGUGGCCACCCUCUCCCUCACCCUCCUCCCCUCCCCCGUCAUAGGAGGCCUGCUCCUCACCUCCUCCUCGCCCUCGCCCUCCCUCCGCCCGCCGCCUCCCCCCUCCGUCCCUCUCCUCCCCCACUCCCCGUCGCCCCCCUCCCCCUCCCCUCCCCCCUCCUCCGUCCCCCCGGCCUUCGAUCCCGACUCCUUCCUCAACUCCCCCAAGCAGGGCCAGACGUACGGCGGCCCUCCCCUCUCCUCCUCCUCCUCCUCCUCCUCCCCUCCCUCCCCCCAGCCUCCCCCCUCCCUCGCUCUCUCCCUUUCCCCCACCUCCACCCCUCCCUCCUCCGUCUCCCCUCCCUCCUCCCUCUCCUCUCUCUCCUCCUCCUCGUCUUCCUCCUCGGAGGCGGACAGGAAGGACUCGGCCCACCCGCUCUCCUCCUCCUCCUCCUCCUCCUCCUCUCCGCCCUCCUCCUCCCUCCCCCCCUCCCUCUCCCUGACGCUGUCGCCCUCCCCCGCCCUGGCCCCGCCCCUCCUCCCCCUCUGCCUGGAGCUGGGCGCCCUGGGGGAGGCGGAGGGUGUGAGGGAGGAGGAGGAGAGGAGAGCGGAGGAGGAGGAGAGGAGGGGGGACGAGGAAGGCAGCGCUCCUCCCACCAAGCUGGCCCUCCUGCAGCCGAGCCUCGCCCCCGCCGACCUGUCGCCACGGCAACAGGCGGGCAGCGGCACCGCCUCGCUGCUUCUCAACCCGCCCGCCCCGCCCCGCCUGGCGGCCAAUCAGACGCAGCUGCGGGUCGGGGGUCCGCGGCCGCUGGUCCUGGGACAGCCCAAAGAGCUGCAGCCCUCCAAUCACCCGGCCGCGCUGGCGGCUCAAGCCCCGCCCCACAUGCAGCUGGCCAAUGAGGCGUUCCUGCUGCUGCAGGGCGCGGACAGAGAGAGGGAGAGAGAGAGGGAGGGCGAGCGAGGCAGGCAGCUGCUGGUCCUGCAGCAGAGGCCGAGCCCCGCCUCCCCGGUCCGCGUCAAAGAGGAGAGGGGGCGGGGCUACGACUCGGAGGACACGCCCAUGGACACGCAGUCCGCCGCGGAGGCGGAGGCGGAGCCCGGCGUGCGCGGCGGCGACGAGCUGGACAUCUCCUUCGACAGCCAGUUUCCUGACCUCAUCUCUGAGCUCAUCACCGAGGAGGCUCACCCCAACGCCGCCGCCGAGCCCGCCCCCAGCCCCGCCCCCGCCCCCGGCCCCGCCCCCGGGCCGAGCCAGGCGCUGUUCCCGGCCGGGGUGCGUUACGUGGUCCCCCCUCAGCCCUCCCCCUCCUCCUCCUUCCUGCCCUUCCCCCAGCCCCUCCCCUCCUCCUCGUCCCGGCUGGCCUCCAUCACGGACUUCUCCCCGGAGUGGUCCUACCCAGAGGGCGGGGUCAAGGUGCUGAUCACGGGGCCGUGGAGCGAGCCGUCGGGUCGAUACUCGUGUGUGUUCGACCAGAGCAGCGUGCCCGCCUCGCUCAUCCAGCCUGGAGUGCUGCGCUGCUACUGUCCCGCCCACGAGGCCGGCCUGGUCUGCCUCCAGGUCCUAGAGUCCGGCGGCUCGGUGUCGUCCUCCGUCCUGUUCGAGUACCGGGCCAGGAACGCCAGCUCCCUGCCCAGCUCACAGCUCGACUGGCUCUCCCUGGACGACAACCAGUUCAGGAUGUCGAUCCUGGAGCGGCUGGAGCAGAUGGAGCGCCGGAUGGCGGAGAUGGCCGCCCGAGACCACAGCCAGCAACAACAACAACAGCAACAACAGCAACAUGGCAGCCAGCUGGCCACGCCCCCUCCACCCCCCCUACCUGAGGAACAUGGCCAGUCAUCCCAGUGGUUUGAGCGGAGGAUUGUGGGAGUUUGUGAGCGGAUGAUGGAGGGCGCGAGGUGGGGAGGAGGAGCAGGAGCAGGAGCAGCAGGAGGAGGAGGAGGCGGAGGAGACAGGCUUCAUCACUCUGUCCGUCACCGGGGGAUGACACUGCUGCACUUGGCUGCCGCGCAGGGAUACACACACCUGAUACACACUCUGAUCCACUGGAGGAGUGUGAACAGCGACAGCUUGGACCUGGAACAGGAAGUCGAUCCCCUGAACGUCGACCAUUUCUCCUGCACCCCGCUGAUGUGGGCGUGCGCUCUCGGCCACCAGAGAGCGGCGGAGCUCCUGUACGGCUGGAACAGUCUGGCCCUGGGCAUCCCCGACUCGCUGGGCCGCCUGCCGCUCGCCGUGGCUCGCUCCCGAGGCCACACCCGCCUCGCCACGGCGCUGGAGGAGCUGCACACGCAGCGCACGCACACACACACACUGCCCGGUGGGCUGAGGGACACACACACACCUCAGCCUGACACACACAUGCCGCCAAGAGGAUCCAGAGACACACACACACCGCCAGAGGACACACAUACACCAUCCACCCCACAGCCAGCGCUGCCACUGUCGCCUCUGUCCACCAGCCCGGACACAGGUCUCAGCUCCUCCAGCAGCCUCCCCUCCCCCAGCGACCCCUCCUCCCCCUCCCCAAGCUCCGCCUACUCCAGUGGCCCCGCCCCCAUGGACACCUCUCCCUCCUCCCCCUCCUCUCUCUCCUCCUCGUCCUCUCUGCCCGUCUCCCCUCCCUCCCCCUCCUCCCUCCCCCUGUCCUCCCUGCCCGCGGUGGUCAUGUGGGGCGAGGAGCCAGACGCCGCCGCCAGCACAGGUUUGAACCCCGGCGGCUCCAGAGACUCUCCUCUCUACCUCAUGGACUACGAGAGCGCCUGCCCCUCCUCCCCCCAGCCUGACCACACACACACACACCCUCACGCACACACACACCCUCACGCUCACCCACACGGCGUGCGGCGGGCACACACUCCGACGCUGGAGGAGCAGCUGCUGAGCUACAGCGAGAACGCCGAGAACGAAGGCGAGGAGGAGUACCUGGAGGAGGAGGUGCUGCAGGUCGACAUGGCGACGCUGGCAGAGCAGAUCAUCGAGGCGACGCCGGAGCGAAUCAAACAGGAGGAUUUCCCCAGAGGGGCGGAGUCUCCGCUCAGAGAGAGGCGGGACAACCCGGCCAUCCAGGACACCUGGUUGGCCACCUACCUGGACACGGUUGACGCCCACACACACUCCCCACCCAGGCGGGUGUGCCCCCCCUCCCCGCUCAGCGCGCUGGCCCUGCAGAGGCUCCGCCCCCCCUCCUCAGCGGCGUGGGCGGAGUUCCUGAACGCCUCGACCAACGGCAGGAUGGAGCGGGACUUUGCCCUGCUGACGCUGACGGACGGCGAGCAGAGGGAGCUGUACGAGGCGGCCCGCAUCAUCCAGAACGCCUUCAGACGAUACAAGGGCCGCAGGCUAAAGGAGCAGCAGGACAUGGCGGCUGCCGUCAUCCAGAGAUGCUACAGGAAGUACAAACAGCUAACAUGGAUAGCUCUGAAGUACGCUCUGUAUAAGAAGAUGACCCAGGCGGCCAUCUUGAUCCAGUCCAAGUUCCGGUCGUACUACGAGCAGAAGCGUUUCCAGCAGAGCCGGCGGGCGGCCGUGCUCAUCCAGCAGUACUACCGCAGCUACAAGGAGUACGAGCGGCUCAAGCAGGCGCCGCGCGCCGCCAGCCACAACCCCAAGAUCAAGGGAUCGUUCCUGACUAAGAAACAGGACCAGGCGGCGAGGAAGAUCAUGAGGUUCCUGAGACGCUGCAGACACAGGAUCAAAGAGCUGAAGCAGACGAAGGAGCUGGAGAGGAGAGGACUGACCACCUAACCUCUGCAUCCGUCCCUCCAUCCCUCCAUCCCUCUCUCCUCCUGAUGGGGAGGACAAGUAGGAGGACGAGGAGGAAGAGGAGGAGGAAGACGAGAGAGUGGAUUUCCUCGUCUCUCCGUCGCCCUUUGCAGCUUUACCGAGAAACAAAAGGGAGAAGAAAACGAAACAAAAAGAGCGAGUGAUGGACGGAGGGAGAGAAGAGAUGGACAGAUGGACGGAGAGAAUGCCUUACCGCUCGGCUCGGCCGUCUGAAACCACACUGGGCUGUUUGUUCCUCCUUCCUUUUGUCUCCCCCUCCCCGCUGUUUUCCUGUCUGCCUGUCUGUCUGUCUGUCUGUCUGUGGCCCUUUCCACACAGUAAGACUCGCUGCGGCUUCACGUGGCGUGCUGGUGUUGAGGACGCGGCGGCGUGGCGUGUAACACGACGGCAUCCAGCGUGGCGUUUAUCAAACACGUCAGGUCGUUGCUUCCUCAACAACGGCGGUGAACUGGGAGUUGAGUCGCUCACACUGAUUCAACUCAGUCCAGUUUUAUUUGUACGGCGUCAAAUCUUGUCAGCAGUUCCUCACGGAUCCUCGAGGCCGGUUGCAGAGUCCCGGUAGAUUUUGGCUUUUGAGGCAGAAUGGCGUGCGGACCGUAGGCGCCAUAGGCGGAGACUAACGGUUCCUCUGAGUCAACGCCGGUCUCGUAAAAAAAGACUGUGGAUGAGAAAGAGACGCCGCACGAGUCCGCGGUUUGGUAAACUGUACUCAGAUCUGAUGAAGAUGAGUGCCGGAGUGAUUUUCGUCACGUCGUGUCACAAAGCGAGACAACAAACUGGACCCUCAGCUCAGACUCGCCGUUGCUCUCUGGUGUUCGUUGUGUUUUUGGUGACCGUGAUGGGACGCCAAAGCACCGCAGCACUGAACAGGACCCGUUAUAAACACCUCGCUCACCUCGACUGGGGCUCGUCUUCAGGAAACGAUGGAUGGAUUUUCUGCCCAAAAGCCAAAUCUCAGUUGUAGCGGAGAGGAACGAGGUCACAAGAAAAGAGGGCGAAUUAAACUGCCAGUAACUGUUUACAGAGAACAACCUUAAAACUGCAAAUAACAGACAAAAUGUGUGAGGCAGAGCUCAGAGGUGUGUAUCUGCAGCCGAGCCCAGGAGGGACGGAGGUCAUGUCCGAGGUUGUUAUCAUCCCGUGGUGGUGGAGAACAAGAGCGCCUCUCGGGUCAGGAGGUGGGUUCUGUCCCGUGGCUGUUUGGAGCCGUGGAGCGGGCGGCGGCGUCCGUCCAGUCAGCUCCAAGACGUGAGAUCUGAGUCUGCAUCUCACAGCAAGGUGGCGAUCUGGACUCUGGGUCAUUUAAAAAAAAUCACGUUAAUCAAGAAAAAAAAAAACAUUUUGUGCUAAUUUUUACCUGCUCGAUUGUGAGGUAGAGCUUUUCCGAUUCUACCGCGGGCGUCCGUGUCCAGGCUGCCAGCGUCUCUGGUGUCCGGUGAGCCUCGGGGUCAGGGUCAGGGUCAGGGUCAGGGUCAGGGUCAGGGUCAGGGUCAGGGUUAGACCUCAGCCUGCCUGAAGCUGUUGUACCGUCUCUCCAGCGACAGGCCAGUCUUCACCGUCUCUUUGUGGCGUUGGUGGAUCUCGUCCUCUGCUCGGAUGGCGAGGAGCUGCCAGACCUCCUUUACUCGUCCUGGACUGACUGCCUCCGCCGCUGUUUUUACUGUUUACACCGAGCAGGGAGGCGGGAUGGUGAUCCAACAGCCCCACCUUCAGCAGGCUGUGUGAAAGGGCCUUAUCUGUCUGUCUGUCUGCCCAUCUGCCUGUCUGUCUGUCUCUCUCUCUGUCUGUCCAUCCCUCCUGGUUGAAUGUAGCUGUCUGUCUGCAGCUGAAGAGCUCCGUUCAAAACAUUUCACAUCAGAUUCCCCCAAACAUGACCAGGACAGACCGGUUCAGCCCCCCGCGUCCCACAUCAGGCCGGGCCGGCACGAUCCAGUCAGGUCCGGUCCGGUCUGAUCCAGUUUGGUCUGGUCCAGUCCGGUCCGGUCCAGUUUGGUUUGGUUCGGUCCGAUCCAGUCUGGUCCGGCCUUGUCCUUCCAGCUCUCCUUGGAGGUGGGCUGACCCUCAUCCUGGGGUGUGAUUGGUCGAUUCGUUCGGUGUCACCAGACCAAACGGCGCCGGCUGACGGAGGAAGAUGAACCGGUGGGACGACGGUGUGAUGUCAUCAGUGAAACUCUGGUCACCUCCCCCCGGAGCGUCCCAGAAGACGUUUUGGAGCGGAGCUUUUCUCUCGGGAGUGUACGUUCUGCGUCAGCAGAUCUGAAUAUUAACUAUAAACACAAUCACUUAUAUAUACAUAUAUAUUCUGAAGUUGGACUUUAUAGAUGCUAUGGAUGUUUUUAUUUAUUACAGCAUGUACUGUUAACGUGUGUGUGAGAGCAGGAAGCGUGUGUGUGUGUGUGUGACUGUGUGUGUGUGUGUGACUGUGUGUGUUGUGCAGACUGUAAGGUCAAGUCUUAAGGAGCCCAUUGACCUCUGACCCCUGGGAGUGAGGUAGCUGAGGUAGGGAGGACGUUACCUUACCUUUGGUUCUGGUCUCUCCUGUUUAAUGAAAUAGUGGGCGGGUCUCUAAUACGGGCCGGGGGGGCGGGGCCAACACCAACAAUCAAAUCAGAUCCAACCUGCUUAUCAACCAGAGG